AUGUCCUCAGUGCAUGGCUCUGAGCCAACACCAAAACUUGGAGCUCCAUUAAUGGCCUUGAGCCAACACGCAUCGGUUUCAUAUGAUGAUCGAUUGGAUAGAUUACCAGAUGAGAGUUGCGAAGAACAUGAGGCAAAAGCAAGCUCGCCACUUAUGCCAAAACGUUCUCGAGUGCCCGAUCGGCCUGGCACUUCUUCAGUGACCGGAGCUCCACUCUCUCAGUCGGUUCGAUGGGUUUCCGCGUUGAGUCUCUUGCCUUCAUCCAACUUGCACAAUCAUCCAAAGGAACUACAAAGGUCCCUCUCUACACGUCACCGAGGUGAGUUGACGAUGGCUGAGAAGUACACUUAUGACCUCUCAAAAGCUCAACUGAAAGCCUCAUCAAGGACUUCAGCACUUCUCGCGGGUUUUGCUAUGGUGGCUCUAGUCGAACUGCAGUAUGAGGACGACACACCUCGAGCGUUGCUCAUCAUACUUGGAGUGGUGACUACUUUACUCGUAUCUGUGCAUUUAUUGGCUCUCAUGAUGUCCACUUGUAUUCUGCCGUAUAUGGAGGCCGCCGGUGCUACGAAAGACUCUCCACAUAUCAGAUUAAAGUUCUACGUGGAGCUCUCUUGGCUUUUCUCAACGUGUGUCGGCCUUUUGCUUUUCCUCGUCGAAAUUGGGGUGAUCUUUUUCGUGAAAUUCGUGAACGUUGGCUACAAUCUGGCCGCUUACAUCACGACCGCAAUGCUCAUUCCCGUUUUGAUCAUUUUCGUGGUGUUCUCAUAUUUGAUUCACAAAAGUCGAACCACACAUUCACUCGAGCGGAUUAAAGACAAGGUAGCCGGUUUGAAUGAGUUUUUCGAUGCUGAAAAAAAUCUCCCAUCACAUGGAAAUAUUCAGAAUAUU